GGUUGGAGGACGCGGCAAACUACGGCAGUCACUCUGCGCGCCUCGUUGUAGUAGGCACCGUCGGCACAGAAAAUAAUUGCCGCUCUGUUGACGCGUAGCGCGCUUUGCGAUUGUCACAACACGCUGAUAUCACAAUAACCGGAUUCAUAACUUUUGACGCUCUCAAUUGUUUUGUUGGUGUUUUCUAUCUUGUUUUUUUUUGUGCAGGAGUGAUUGAACCUUUUUAUCAUACGAGUAGUUCGAUAAACUACAUUGUUGAAAAAGGAAUACAACAGGAAGAAGUCACUCGCUCAAUUAAAACCUACUUACACACCGAGUUUAUCAAAAACAACAGCAAGAAAUAAAAAUAAAUCCAGGUCAGCUGUGAAAAUAUCAAAAUUUAAUCUAUUCGCCAGAAAAACAGUUGACAGUCAUUUAUUACUAUGUGUUCAGUGCAGUUGUUGUAAUUCAAGUGUGUUUAGUAGUGAAACAGUUGAAAGCAAUAAUCUCGAACUUCCAGGAUUUAUAGGACAGUUCACCGGAUAGGGUCCCGUCCUUCAGUUACUUAUUGGCCAGUGAUAUGGAGCUGGUUUUGUACUAGAAAUAUGGAAUUGAAGAUUCCGUCGGGUCCAAUAGUAUUGAUGAAACAUUUGGUUGGAGAGACUAUAGGCAAUCGAACAAUCCAACCAUAAAACCAACCAUAACUUUGAAUAAUGUUUCCCAAUAGAGUAAUUCAUACAAUUUAUCCAGCAGCAAGGCAAAACUGCACCUGUAUCGAUUGAAUGAAAAAAUGAGUGGCCUAAACGACAAUUUCACCUUCUCCAACAUCACGGCUGAAGUGAUAGUGGAAACGACAUGGCUGGAUGACUUGUUAUUGGCUCUAAAAGCAACCAUCAUGGGCUCAAUUAUUAUAGCUUCCAUUUUCGGGAACCUUUUGGUUAUAGUUUCGGUAAUGAGACACCGAAGAUUAAGGAUUAUAACGAAUUACUAUGUGAUUUCAUUAGCUUUAGCAGAUAUGUUGGUAGCCAUGUUCGCGAUGACUUUUAAUGCGAGUGUACAAAUUUACGAUGAAUGGAAAUUCGGAUACUUUAUGUGUGAUGUUUGGAACUCUUUAGAUGUUUACUUUUCUACGUCGUCCAUUCUACAUCUGUGUUGUAUAAGUGUUGAUCGAUAUUAUGCCAUAGUCAAACCUCUUAAGUAUCCUCUGACAAUGACGAAAAAUGUUGUAGCAUUUAUGAUACUCAAUACUUGGACAAGUCCAGCAAUAAUUAGUUUCUUGCCAAUAUUCAAAGGUUGGUACACCACAUCGGAACAACAAAAAAGGAGAAGUGAAAAUCCUAACAAAUGCGAAUUCAUUGUGAAUAAACCUUACGCAAUAAUUAGCAGUAGUAUAUCUUUUUGGAUACCGUGUACCAUUAUGAUAUUCAUGUACUUGGCCAUAUUUAGAGAAGCGACUAGACAAGAACGGGAGCUUUAUAAUAGACAAGGUGCUGCUCUACUCCUCCAUCAGAACAAUACAAACGGAGACAUGCUUUCCAAUUCCGGUGGGUCAUCAAAGACUCUCACGCAACACGAUAUCAAUCAAGAUUUGCAUCAUACACCCACGAAAGAAAGAAAUGUGUCUAAAAUGAAGCGAGAACACAAGGCGUCUAGAACAUUGGGUAUUAUAAUGGGAACAUUUAUGCUGUGCUGGGCACCGUUUUUUAUUUGGUACGAUACGGUAUACCUCUGCGAUUCAUGUCGCGACAGCUGUCCCGAGGCUGUAGUUACUGUUAUGUUUUGGAUAGGAUAUUUCAACUCGGCUUUAAACCCCAUCAUCUACGCUUAUUUCAACCGCGACUUUCGAGAAGCUUUCAAAAACACUUUACAAUGUGCGUUCUGUAGUCUUUGUAAGAGGCCUCCUUCAGACCUUGAUUAUAUAGAUCCCAGACGACCUUCCAUGAAAAACGACGAUAGAGUGAGAAGCGUGUUUUCCGAUACUUACCUUAAACACGAUAGAAGAGGUUCCGAAAUUGGAUCGACUCUCUGAGUAGAUGUUACUAGCAGCAGACUCACCACCACUAGUUUUUAAAGAGGUGGUGUAUUUGCUGCUAGUGUGUAUUAGGUUAUUACUUGAAUCGUAGAUAAAAGAUGUCACGGAUGCGUUAAAAUUUAAAGGAUUCCGUAUUUAGUUUCAAAUUAAAAAUUCAACAAUUAUUUCUAUAUGGAAACACGUUAUUUGUUGAUAGUUUUGUUAGGACACGAUAAAUCAAAAAAUAAAAACAACACAACAAACGCACUUUUCAUUUGUGCGUUCAUGUCUUGAAAAAUGUUGUAUAAGAAAAUUAUGCAUAUCGUUGUUUGAAUUAUUAAUUCUGAAGAAGAAAUUGUCGUCAUAAACUUUACUCAGUAACUUGAAUUACCAGCAAGUGCGUCUUCGAUCUUGUUUAUUAUCGACCUUAUUGAUAGCUCGAUGAGCUCUUAACGUAUACUCAUUCAUCAUAUUGAGUUACGUGAGAUGUCGUGGAAUACUGACUUAUCUCUUAAGAUCACCCUGAAGAUGCUAUUAAGGUCAUGACAACAUGACUGCAUAAUAGUAAUUGAUGCGGCCGAGCUGGAUCCUACAUCGACGUGAUAAACUAAUUUUAAGAUGCAUUUUGAGAACAGAUUUGUUUAUAGGAAAAAGAGUGGCGGAAGGCAAAAGAUAUUUGAGUUAAAAGUUAGUUUUUUUAUUAUACUUCGAAUGCGGAAACGCUAAGAAAAAAAUUGUUGUCAUAGAAUGAAAGUUUGUCCCGCCACUGCGGAUUUUCUGCCAUACACUUUGUUGAGAAUCGUUGUAGAAACAAGGAUUAAAGUCCUCGAGUUUUUUUUACGUUUAAAGGUUUUGGAAAUGCCAACGUUUUUUAUUAGUAUCUUAGUAUCAACUAAGGACAAGUAUGGGACCGAAGAAGAGAUCUAAAAUAAUUGCAUUCUUGUGUUCUGUUAAUGUUUUGAGAUAUUCUCUACAUGGAAAUGAGAGAUCAUUUUAUGUACUUUCAUACAAUGUCCUUGGAAUUUUAAAGAAAUGCUUCGAAAUAAAUAUUAUGAGGAAAAUAUAUGCCUUAGUUUUCUAAAUAUAUAUUCCAAUUACUUUUUUCAUCCAAUAAGACGGUGGUGUUACCAAAAAGCUUAUUGCAAAAUGAGAAACACAACGUACCUCAUUAUUUGUCUUUUGAAUUUCUCUUGAUUAAGCUAUUAAAGUUUUUGUUUUCUUGUACUGCAACAAUUGUGAAAUGGCGGCAAAAACAAAAUGAAAUCUUCAAAUCGUUUUCGGAGACUGAAGGUAAGUAUUCUUUCAGUUUAUCUUCAGUCUCUGAAGAUGAUAACUUGGUUAUCGAAACUCGCGUCAGACAGUGUAAUUGUGGGUGUUUGUGCAGUGGUAUUGUGAACUUAAAAAGCCAAUUCAAUAACUUUCUAUUCUAUGAGAACAGUUUUUUCCUAAGGUAUUUGAAUUAUAAUGAAAAAAAUCUGAUCGACUAAUUGAGUCGCAAUCUGAUCAAGUUUUUAUGAGGAUCUACGCAAUUUUUACGACAAAUUUCCUCGUAUUCAAAAGUGUAGCGUAACUUAUCAUAUCAUAACUUUUUCAAACCAUGGCGAGAAACUACAUUGGAUGGUAGUUUAUUUCGUCUUGUUCUGUUAUUUCUUUGAAUUCUCAAAGCUCAAAUGUUUAAACCAUCACCUCACUACCCCUUACUUACUUACUCCCUUUAGAGUCCAUGAUUUUCCACUGUGAUCAUUACUCUUACAAAUCCAUCAUUGAUCUUCUUGUGACAAAAGCUGCAUUGGUUUUGAGAUCAUUUUUUACCGAAGUAUCUUAACAAACAGCUUUUCUGUUUUGUCUAAUAUUCACCUGUGAAAAUAUGACGAAUAUCGUGUUUUUUCAUGAGGUAUGUCGAGGGAGUUUGGUGAAAAGUAUUGGAGAAGAAACAAAACAAAAUAUAAAAAUCAAUUGCCUCAAUUGGCAUUAAAAGUAAUUGCCUUUUAACAAUGUCUCUUUUGGAGUCGUUGAACGUUUUGGACAUACCUUGUAUUUGGUGGAAUUUUGGCCUAAAUGACGAUUGGUUUCAGUUGGAUUAGAGAUUAGAGAUUAGCAUUUAUGCUUGAACUUUAAUAAGUAUCGUAUAUUGAUUGACGCCCACCGCAUCUGUACAUUUUUGAAUCUAUGUUUAAUCUAUGGUGCUGUUUUUUUUUUAAUUUUUAAUAUUUGAGAUUUUCUCAAACUGUAUAGCCUCUAUUGACAUGUAUAAAGUGUAAGCUGUAAUUUUAUAGUGUUGUACAUAUUUAAAUUGCCAAAAAAUGUAGGAUUAAUUCGAAUUAUUGAAUAAUAUAUGUUUCGAUAUGAAGUGUGAAUAGCAAUUUUAAAAAAGAAAUUAAUGUUAAAUAUAUCUAAUUAUGAGCCACUAUGUUUGUUAUUAUUUAUUAUUUUGUACAUAUAUCAUACCUUAUUUGCUGUGAUAUUAGAGAACUAUCAAAAAAAUGUAACGCUAUUUGCACUCUUUACGUAUAAGGUAUUUUUUGUAUUGAAUAAAUUCUCAUUCUAUUUUCAUUGAUGUAAUAAAAAAAAUAAAUAGGCUUUUCAAAAAAAA